AUGGCGGAUUAUUCUUCGGCGAACAAUUAUCCAAAGUUGACUUAUGAGAUGAGCCAGAAGUUCAAAGUCACAGUAAAGGUGUGGACGAAGGCCGCUCUGGUGAACGUGCAAAGCGGCAUCGCACUCCACGGGGAAGGAUCGUCGGUCACUGGCCGUGCCCGUGAUCAAAGCAACAAAGACAAGCGCCAGAUCUGGAUCGUGGCCUUUCCCUCGCCUGGUGCUGGCGCUCUUCUUGUAAACGAAGCCACCGGAGGCCAUAUCGUUGCUCAAGGGGAGAACAAACCAGUGAUUCUCAACAACGACACCUCCAUCAAUGACCGAAAGGGGCAAUGGUACAUGGAAUUCGCGCAGGAGGGAAGUCGUGGAACCAGGUUCAAGAAUGCUGAGUUAGGUAGCUGCGUGCUAGACUUAGCAGCAGGACCCAAGGGCGACGGAACGCCUGUCUAUUGUUACAAGGAUAGCAAAGGGAAGAACCAGGUUUGGUCGAGGAUUGAUGCAGAUUAA